AGCUCGGCCUUAGGAUAAACCGACAUGUAGGCUUUGGACAUUUGUAAAAUGCUACUUGGACGUUUGCACAUUUGUAUUUAUGUUUGUUUUGUUGGAAAGUCAUUUUUACAUCACGGAAAUAACCAACUCUGGUCCAGCAUGCGGCCCUGUGCACGUCAAGGAAGGUAAAAGACAAGCCAGCAAUUUAGGCCUUAGGUUUGAGGAAGGAAACUCUGGAGAAGAUCGCACAGAGCUCCUGAUCUAACGCCCAGAGCAACUCCCAACUCCUGGGGAGGGUUAUGCCAUCAGAGCCGACCACUUGAGCCUCCUCAGAGUACGACGGCGACAAGGCAAAGUCUCUCCUGCUCCGCUCGCACCAGCAGGAAUCAUGGAUGACCCCUAUCGCAACAACGUGAGCCAGCAGGGCACAGAAGGCGGGGAAUACACCUACACCCAGGAUGGCGGGGGCCAAGACGGCUACCCCUACCAGGCCGACUACCCUGCACAGGACGAGGACGCUCGCAGCGACGCCACCGAAGGCGCGGACGAGGACGAGCAGAUGUACGAGGGGGAGUACCAGGGCGUCCCCCACCCCGACGAGAUCAAGGAGGCGCGGCGGGCGGCUCGGAUGGAGGCCCGGAGGAAAGCUCGUCAGGCUGCGCAGCAGGAGGACGAGGAGGAGAACCUGCCAGAGCAGUACGAGACCAUCAUGGAGGACUGCGGCCACGGGCGCUUCCAGUGGAUGCUGUUCUUCGUGCUGGGCCUGGCGCUGAUGGCCGACGGAGUGGACGGCUUCGUGGUGGGCUUCGUCCUGCCCAGUGCGGAGAAGGACAUGUGCAUAUCCAACUCCGACAAAGGGCUGCUGGGUCUGCUGGUGUACGUGGCCAUGAUGGUGGGGGCUCUGGUGUGGGGGGGUCUCUCUGACAAGAUGGGGCGGAGGAAGUGUCUGAUCUACGUCCUGACCAUCGACCUGGUCUUCUCCUUCCUGUCCUGCUUUGCGCAGAGCUACGGCUUCUUCCUCUUCUUCCGGUUCUGCUCCGGCUUUGGAAUCGGCGGCUCCAUCCCGAUAGUGUACACCUACUACACCGAGUUCCUGCAGAUGGAUAAACGCGGGGAGCAUCUGAGCUGGCUCUGCAUGUUCUGGAUGCUGGGAGGCCUGUACGCCUCCUUCACCGCCUGGGGAAUCAUCCCCCACUAUGGCUGGGGCUUUGCCAUCGGCUCUGAGCUUCAGAUCCACAGCUGGAGGUUGUUCAUCCUGGUGUGCCUCUUCCCCGCGCUGGCUGCACUUGUCGGAGUCGUCUUCAUGCCCGAGAGCCCCCGUUUCCUCCUGGAGAGUGCCCGACACGAUGAGGCGUGGAUGAUCCUUCGACGAGUUCACGACACUAACUGGAAGGCCAAGGGGGAGCCGGAGAGAGUGUUCACUGCAACCAACAUCAAGACACCCCAAACCGAGGAGGACGAGUUCAUAGAGAUCCAGAGCGACACCGGGACGGCCUUCCAGCGCUGGACCGUCAGACACAUGACCAUGCUGCAACAGGUGAUGGCGAACAUCAUGUCGCUAUCAGCCCCGGAGUUCAGACUGCAAGGCCUCUUCCUGGUUAUUGUCUGGUUCUGCUUGGCCUUCAGCUACCAUGGGCUGGGAGUGUGGUUUCCGGACAUGAUCAAAUACAUGCAGUAUGAGGAGUACGAGUCCAAGGUCAGAGUGUUCCACCGAGAACGGGUCGAACGCUUCCACUUCAACUUCUCCCUGGUCAACCAGAUCCACCGCGAGGGAGAGUACAUCCAUGACAAGUUCGCUAACAUUGAGAUAAAGUCUGUCAAGUUCGAGGAUUCUCUGUUUGAAAACUGCUACUUUGAGGACGUCAGGUCAACCAACACCUUCUUUGAGAAUUGCACCAUCAAAAACACUGUCUUCUAUAACACAGACCUCUGGCAGGAAAAGUUCAAAGACUGUCGAAUGGAAAACACCACCUUCCUCCACCCGAAAAAGGGCUGCCAUUUGAACUUCCAGGAGGAGAACGACAUCGUCAUCUACAUGGUCAGCUUCCUGGGCAGUUUGGCUGUGUUGCCUGGCAACAUCCUCUCUGCACUGUUCAUGGACAAGAUCGGAAGAAUCCGAAUCAUAGGUGGUUCCAUGCUGGCUUCGUCUGCCUGCACCUUCCUGCUGCUGCUGAGUUUUAGUCAAGGAGCAGUAAUAUGUUGGCAGUGUCUCUUCUAUGGCACCAGCGUCGCCGCCUGGAAUGGAUUAGAGGUCAUUUCUGUGGAACUCUACCCAUCCUCUAAAAGAGGGACAGCGUUUGGUAUCCUGAAUGGCAUCUGUAAGCUUGCUGCCAUACUCGCCAGCUCCAUUUUUGCAGCCUUCAUCGGCAUCACUAAAAUCGUCCCCAUCUUCCUGGCCUUCAUCGCCCUCGUCUGCGGAGGUCUGGUAGCCCUCAAGCUGCCCGAAACCCGGGAGAAGAUCCUCUCCUGAACAGCCAAACUCCUGCAGACCUCCGGACCUCCAUCACUGUGUAGCUGUGUUGGAAGCUGAGUAUCAGCUUCAUCUUAAAUGGAAAGACAAGGAAGAGCGUCCAUGCUGCGCAAACUCUGUUCCUAAGUUGUUAUUAAAAUGUUGUGAAAAGCGGUCUGGUUGCCUCUGUGAACCUGUGGUUGCUUUCUAUCCCCUCUGAGCUCCUCAGACUGCCCACCACUUCAGUCACUUCAUAUACAACUAGUGUAUGUCAUUUUGUUUCUGUCAUUUACUGAACCACACACACACACACACACACACACUGUAUAUCAUUGUUUGUGUUAUUUGAGGUUUGUGUAAAAGAAAAAUGAAUAUGUAAUGAAAAUCUAUCUGUUAUUGAAAGGGGAUGUAGUUCAUGUUACCAUGUUUGUGGUGCUUUGAUUUCAUUCCCCUCUGCAGAAAAGAGAGAGAGGACUUGUAGUCAUGACUUGAAAUGGAUUUGAGUCCCGGUGUGUUGAUGCAGAGGCUCAGCAGCAUUAUUACUGCUGCUGCUGUUGGGAGAAAUCACCUAUUUCAUUCACCUAGUCUUUAUUUAUUCUGCACAUCGCCGCUGUGUAUCGUCUUCUUUAGUGCACAUGUAGUUGCUUGGUUUAAUCUCUCUAGACAUAAACCUGAAAUGGCAUUAAUUAUGUAGUAUUUUUUAAUUGUUGAAUCCAAACCAACCAGCCGAGCGGGUUCUCCUCCUGUUUGCCGUCCUGUCUGAGGCGUUGUGUCUGUUCUUAAGUGUAGCGCUGUGUUCUGUAGCUGGUGAUAAUACGUAGAAUCAGAAACUUGAUCUGUUGCAUCUUGCCAUGACAACGUGUACGGAACUACGGAACAACUUUCUGUUCGUUUGUUGACCUCUUUUUUCGUUGUUUUUCUUAAAACUGAGAAUGAUACAAAACUGAGUUUUGAAAUAUGCUCUCAUUUCCAUGUUCUGAUGAAGAACAGUUUUGCUGCAUUUCUGACAACAUGUGUCAACAUUUCUAAAGAGCUUGGAUGACUGUGCUGUGUGUGUGUGUGUGUGUGUGGUUGUUAUCCACAUGUCUGUGAAUUAACACACUAGUCAGAUUAUAAUAUGUUUGUUGUUGUACAUACUGUAGGCCUGUGUAUAUUUGUUGUAAAAUAGUAGCUCUAUAACGACUUGAAUAAAG